ACAGAUCAACAUCGUGCUUAUUACGGGGUAAGCAUCCGAUCCUCCUUGUUCCUUUCUCUGCCCCGUUCGCUUGCCUCUCUCGCCUGAGUUUUCCCCUCGGAGAACCAGCAGGAUUAAGCAGUCCGUCAACGGUUACGGUUACUGACAUAUGCCAAAGCAAAUCGCAGAAUCCAGUUCCACUCCACUCGCCUUCUCGCUGCCCCCUGGUCGCGUCGGCUGACUGCCUUUUGUGUGCUUGACUGUGUGUGUACAUGCAUUUGGGCAUGCAUGUGGUUUGUGUGUGCGCACGCUGGUAGUAGCUGAAAAGGAUCCUCCUCCGCCCCGUCCUGGUUACUGUAGCUCAGAUUGCCGAGGCGAACGGACGAGAGCACCAACUCCAGCCCUCUCGCAGUCCCGGGGAUUCGUUUUUUUUCGACACGUCUUCAGCGGAUCGCGUUACAUUUACAUUACUGGGGGAUUUAAGCCGCGAGGAGUUUAUCAUUCUUUGGCGCGAGCUCCGUGGACAAUGUUUCUCGUUCAGUACACAGGACUGAACCCGCUGUCUUUCGACCCGGCCUCCAACAACGAGCCCCUGCAGUUCACCAGCACCAACGGGCCGCUGGUGGCGGACUGCCCCCUGGAGAACGGGGCGGAGAACAGCAAGAAGAGGAAGAGGCCCAACCUGCCCCCAGAGGGCAUCCGGAGCAUGGCCAUGGACUCCAGCCCCAUGGGGAUGCCCAUGUCUGACCCAAACGCCUGGGCCACCGCCAUGAACAACCUGGGGAUGGCGCCGAUGGGUAUGACCGGACAGCCGCUCUUGCCAGAUUUUGACCCCGGCCUCGGCCUGAUGACCGGCAUCGCCCCCAUGAACCCCAUGAUGCCCGGCCUGGGCAUCGUGCCCCCGCCCAUCUCGCAAGACAUGCCCAUCGUCAAGGAGAUCAUCCACUGCAAGAGCUGCACCCUGUUUCCUCCUAACCCUAACCUGCCCCCGCCUGCCACGCGGGAGAGGCCCCCGGGCUGCAAGACGGUGUUCGUGGGGGGUCUGCCGGAGAACGCCACGGAGCAGCUGAUCGUGGAGGUGUUCGAGCAGUGCGGCGAGAUCAUCGCCAUCCGCAAGAGCAAGAAGAACUUCUGCCACAUCCGCUUCGCCGAGGAGUUCACGGUCGACAAGGCCCUCUUCCUGUCCGGGUACCGGAUCAGGCUGGGCUCCAGCACGGACAAGAAGGACACGGGGCGGCUGCACGUGGACUUCGCGCAGGCGCGGGACGACCUGUACGAGUGGGAGUGCCGGCAGCGCAUGCUGGCGCGAGAGGAGCGCCACCGGAGGCGGAUCGAGGAGGACAGGCUCCGCCCCCCGUCCCCGCCCCCCAUCGUCCACUACUCCGAGCACGAGAGCAGCCAGCUGGGAGAGAAGCUCAAAGACGAUUCCAAGUUCGCGGAGGCGGUCCGCGUCCUGCUCACCUGGGUGGACCGGGGGGAGGUGAACCGCCGCAACGCCAACAACUUCUACUCCAUGAUCCAGUCGUCCAACAGCCACAUCCGCCGGCUGAUGAACGAGAAGGCCGCGCACGAGAAGGAGAUGGAGGAGGCCAAGGAGAAGUUCAAGAACGCCCUGGCGGGGAUCCUCGUGCAAUUUGAACAGAUUGUGAGUGUAUUCCACGCAUCCUCCAAACAAAAGGCGUGGGACCAUUUCUCCAAAGCCCAGCGCAAGAACCUGGACAUGUGGCGUAAGCAAGCGGAGGAAAUCCGCAACAUCCACAACGAGGAGCUGAUGGGCAUCCGGCGGGAGGAGGAGAUGGAGAUGUCGGACGACGACAUGGAGGACGUCCCGGAGAGCAGCAAAGACUCCGACGACUCGGGCCCGGCUGCGCAGGCGGAGUCGUUGCGUGAGGAGAACGACAGCCUGCGCUGCCAGCUGGACGCGUACAGGAACGAGGUGGAGCUGCUGAAGCAGGAGCAGGGCAAGGCGCAGCCGCAGCGCAGCGAGGAGGAAGCCACGCGCCAGCAGCAGCUCAGCUUCCUGCAGCAGGCCCUGCAGGGCAUGCAGAAGCAACUGCUGAAGAUGCGGGAGGAGCUUAAGCAGAGGGAGGCGGAGCUUGAGAAGACCGGCGAGGAGAAGGUGCAACUCGAGAGCCAAGUGCAGAGCCUGAAGGAGCGAGCGCUGGCCUUCCCCCACACAACGCCCUCUCCUCUGGAGACGUCGGAGCAGGAUGACAGAGGGAGUGAGGAGAGUGCUAAUCAAGCCAACGAAGCGGCUGCGUCGGCGGUGGUGUCCUGCAGCCAGGAGAAAGAGAACGUUCCGGAAAAGGGCCCCCCCAGCCCGGUCAAGUCGGAAAGAGAGGCCCUGCUCGUCGGAAUCAUCUCCACCUUUCUCCACGUCCACCCGUUCGGCGCCAGCAUCGAGUACAUCUGCUCCUACUUACAGCGCCUGGACACCAAGAUCAGCACGUCCGAGGUGGAGGCGCUCCUGGGCCGGCUGCCCUGCACCUUCCGGCAGGAGCUGACGGGCGUGGGCGCCAGCCUGGAGAAGAGGUGGAAGUUCUGCGGCUUCGACGGCAUCAAGACCACCUAAGGGCGGCCGCGACGGAGGGGCCAGGAACCUGGAGGGGAGGGGGAGGAGGGGGGGGAGAGAGGGGGAGGGACAACAGGCAGGGCUGCUCCGCCCAUACCCUGAGCCCGAAUGUGUCGGUGCUACGGGACGGCGCGGGGGGCGCACGGACAGGGGCGGGACCGUUACCCAGAGACACACUGGCUGUCCGUCCGUCUGUCCGUCCGGCUGCAGCCUGAGCCGGACCACCUGGGCCAGCUCAGAAAAUCAGGGUCUGCUCGAGGCUUCGUUCUGCCAACCGACCUUUCUUUCUCCCACACUCGUUUCUUUUCCUUAUGUAAAUAAGUAUAUAAAUAACAUAUGAAUAUAUUUCUUCACUAUCUGUACAGGAUGUCAACUGUCCCGUAAAAGGUUUUUUUUUUUGCUUUUGUUUAUAUAUGUAUACAUACAAUCCAUGUAUAAAUAAUAAAAAAAAGACUUUACUUUGUAAAGAAAAGCCAAGUGAUGAUAAGAGAGAAGGAAGGUCUUGUUUUGUUUUAAAGUUGUGGAAAGGCUGUUGAGGGGAGUGAUAAAAUGGAAUGAUGGGAAAGGUUGCUCUGGCACCAGCGCUGCGAUAAAUCGCUUCUUUCCCCUGAGCUGCCUGCACAGGAGAGGGAGGCCCUGAGCCAGCCAGAGGAGCUCCAGCAUCGCUCCUCCAAGCACAGUGCCCAGUACCCCCCCGGCUUCGGCCCCGCCCCCAGGCCCCACCCCUUGGUCUUGGGCCCCGCCCCCUCCCCCCCUCCGGCCUCACCCGCCCAGAGACACAGCACCAGGAGGGGCCAGGACCAUUACCCAAUACUGCACGCCAGCGCCACGGCGACUCCGCUAGCCUUCACCGGCGAGGGAGAGAGGGGAAAAGAAGACGAGCGGUGGAUCACGUCCGUACCCAGGAGGCCUCCCGCCACCUCGCCUCUCCCAGGGAAAAAAUGUGCGUUUAGUCAUCUCUGAAGGCCUUUUCUGUCCGUGCUUUUCCAUUAUGUUUUUUUCCCCAUUAAUAUCACUUAGUCAUUUUCAAACACGGAAAAGGCCGUCUGUGUGUGUUUCUCCCGGAGGGACGGGGGUGUGAGAGUCACGUGUCCUGGCGUGGCGCUCCGAAGCCGGCGCUGCCGCGGGAACGGCGCUGUUUGGCG